AUGCUUCUGCAUCCGCUCUCCGACCGACGCCGGGUUCGACGAGUCGAGCAUUACCACUUCGACCUCAAAACGGUGGCCAAGUUCGCCCUGCCGGAGCUGCCGCGAGCCCACGGCGUCAAGGCCCUGCUCCGCGAGCCCGAACACUCCCUGCCGGACGAGGCGCUUUCGACCGACCACGAGACCCGAGCGGCGCUGCUGCGGUCCGCCGAGGACGCGGUGCCCAUGCUAUUACCCCUGGGCGGCGGCCGGCACGAGCAAGAGAUUCUGGUGGCGCGGCGACGUGGAGACCACGCGCGACGUCCUGUCGGAGAAGUGGAUCCUCAGACAAGCCGCCAGGCCCCUCAUCACGGAGGAGCUGUACGAGCGCAAAAAGCACGCCUUUUCUGCACCGUUGAGGUGGCCGAGGGGUGGACCCAUCUGCAGGAUGCUGGAGGGCCUGUUGACUGA